AGCGUCGUUUUAAUAAUGAAGGUAACUUUAGCUCUCAGGGUUCCUGCGCUCUUUUCAGCGUCACACAACAAAUAUAAGCUGUAGAAACAAAGACAACUGGCUGAGUUUUGAGAGAUCUUUGGCAACGAAAAAGGAGGGCCAUGGCUGGACCUGUGAGCUUGGAGCUGGAUCCCAUCUUUCUGAAGGGACUCAGUUACCUACACUCAAAGAGUAAAGACUCGGCUGAGAAACUCAAAGCUCUGCUUGACGAGUCCCUCGCAAGAGGAAGUGACUCCUCCUACCGCUCCCUGCAGAAAGAGGUGGAAGUGUCAAAGGUUUCCGUGUCAAAAAGUAAACAAGACUCCAAGUCGUCGGGUUCCUCUGUGGCUAUCAGCGGCGGAAGCAGCAAAUCCAGCUCUGAGAAGAGUAAGAAAGAGGUGGAGAAGAGGCCAUCAGAGAAGCAGGUCAGGGUGGACCUCUCUGAAGUGGACCCCCCAAAAAAGCCUCGUUUGGAGAAACAGGAGAGCCGGUCCUCUCCCAUCACUGUCCAGACCAGCAAAGACCUGCUCCCAAACAUAAGUGACUAUGAUGAGACUAAUGCUGAUGACUUUGCCAUGGAGAUGGGCCUUGCUUGUGUGGUUUGCAGACAAAUGACAGUGACCAUGGGAAACCAAUUGGUGGAGUGCCAGGAGUGUCAUAAUCUCUACCACCAAGAGUGUCAUAGACCACAAGUGACGGAUAAAGAGGUUAACGACCCCCGCCUCGUGUGGUACUGCGCCCGCUGUACCAGGCAAAUGAAACGCAUGGCCCAGAAACCUCCACAAAAACCGUCCCCCGUCUCUGCGUCAUCCGCGCCUGUUGUUAAGGACACUGUGGUGAAGAAGGCGGACCCCAAACUAAAAACGGAUACGGCCAGCACCUUCCAGGCUUUCAAGAGAACAGAAGUGAAGACUCCGGCCACAUUAGCCAACCCUACCAGCAGCAGCUCCUCCUCCCCAGGCAGCGGUCUCACAGGCUGGGCCGCCUUUGGUGCCAAAACAAGCCCGUCUGUUCCUGCUACCUCCAAACUGGCCUCUUCAGGUACAAGCGGUAGCAGCAAGACUGUGACGGCUCCUUCUGGUCAGAAACCGGUGGGUUUGUCAGGACUAGCAGGAGCCAAAUCAGGACUUGGGGGAGCGAAGGUCACUGGGAGCAGCAAUGGAAACGGCUCCAGCCAAGCAGCUCUGAAAACUCCUCCGCCUCUAACUCUGGGAAAGCAGGCACUGAACCGCUCAUCCAGCAAUGAGAGCCAAGGGAAAGGCUCCGCUUCAUCCGGAGCCAGCUCACCGAGCAGCUCCCAGGCGCCGACUGGGGGGAAUGGGGGGAAUAACGGAGGAGGGAACGGGAACAAUGGGAACGGCUCAAAGGGCGCGCCGACCUCUCAGGAGUCCCAGCUUAACGCCAUGAAACGCUUGCAGAUCUUUAAGAAGAAAGCAGCUCAGAAGAAACUGAAGAAAUGAGUCAAGGUUUAGAGAAACGCAUACAGAGGGAUAUAUGAGGUAACAGAGAGUAAAGGUGAUGCUGCAGCUUUGUGUUUGCACUUCAAAAGCUUCUGCAUAAGGAGAAACCACCAUCCAGCUACAUACUUGAACUUUACCUUAAAGCAGCUGGAUAUGACACGUGCCUCCUCUCUCCUAGCAAAGCUAACCAAUGAGUAAAGUGUCACUUUUUAACAACCCGGUAAAUAAAUCAACUCUUCUCUCAAA